CUCAAUCCUUCCCGACGAUCGGCUCUGCCCUUAAUUUCCCCAAAAAAAAAAAUCCCUUCCCGACAACGUCGCGUGCGACAAAACCACCACACUCGAUCUCCAGCCUCUACUCAUACGUCUCCUACCAUUUUCAACUCUUCAUAACUAAAUUCCGAUAUGUCCGCCGCAGCCGCCGCCGACGCCGUUGAUCAAUCUUACCCUCCCUUCCUCUCCGGCGCUGCCAUGCCUCCUCCUCCACCGCCAGGCCAUGAACCGCUCCAUGUUCCUCUGAUUGACUUGGAAAAUCUCGAACACAAACGGCUCGGCGACGUUUGCCGAUCACUUGGCCUCUUCCGGCUCGUAAACCAUGGCCUGCCGCGCGAGCUCUCGGACCGGGUUCAGGCUGAGACGCGGCGGAUUCUGGAGAUGCCGUUUGAGCAAAAGCGAGCGGAGAUGUCUGAACCGGACGGCGGCGGGCCGGUGGUUUAUUUUUGGGGCACGCCUGCCGUGAGCUUGAGUCUUCGGAGCGUCAACUGGGUCGAGGGGCUCCACGUAUCGCUAGCCGGAAUCCGCUCCGGGGACGGACUGGACUGCUCUGCUUCCCUCCGGUCUCUAAUGGAAGAUUACGGGAAACAUAUGGUGCGCAUUGUGAGAACCCUAUUCGAAUCAAUGGCGCUGGAUCUCAAACUGGAUCCCAAUCUUUUAGAUUCGUGCAUGGAUCCAUCUAACGGCAUCUUUCGAAUGUACCGUUACCCUUGCUUACCCAAGGCUCAAAGCUGCUUAGGAAUGGGAGCUCAUACAGAUAGCUCAGUCUUGACUGUGGUAGACCAGGAUGAUGUUGGUGGCUUGGAGAUCCUCCAUGAUGGUUCAUGGUUCCAUAUAAUGCCAGUUGCUAACACUCUCAUCGUCAACACUGGUGAUAUGUUGCAGGCAAUCAGCAACGACGAAUAUAAAAGUGUGGAACAUAGAGUGCUAGCUAAUGGAACCAAGGAGAGGAUGUCUUUGUGCUUCUUUGUUUUUCCUAAGGAGGAUUUCAAGAUCAGGAGCUCGAGUUACAGAGAGUUCACUUACAGUGAGUUCAAGGCUCAGGUGCAGGAAGACAUUAAGGAAACUGGCGAUAAAGUUGGGUUGAAGAAAUUCAGGCUGUAAUGGAUGAAAAAAUCUCUGGAUUUUGAAUGAUUAAAGGCUUACAUUUGUUUUCAUUUGGUUAGUCAUCUUUAUUUUUGUGUUGCACUAAUUUGAGAUUAUGAUUUGGUAUGU